AUUGAUAAGCCGCCUACCCACAAUUCCUUUUCCUCUUCCUCAUCUGACUCGCCGCCAUGAAGGUCGAGUUGUGCAGUUUUAGCGGGUACAAAAUCUAUCCCGGCCACGGCCGGCGGUAUGCCAGGAUCGACGGGAAGGUGUUCCAGUUCCUGAACGCCAAGUGUGAGUCUGCUUUCCUGACCAAAAGGAACCCUAGACAGAUCAACUGGACCGUUCUUUACAGGCGCAAGCACAAGAAGGGCUUGUCCGAAGAGGUGACAAAGAAACGCACCCGCCGUGCUGUCAAGUUCCAGAGGGCCAUCACUGGUGCCUCUCUGGCUGAGAUCCUGGCCAAGAGGAACCAGAAGCCAGAGGUGCGCAAGGCUCAGCGGGAGCAGGCCAUCAGGGCUGCCAAGGAGGCUAAGAAGGCAAAGCAGGCAGCCAAGAAAGUGCCUGCCCCAGCUACCAAGGCCCAUGCCAAGGCUGCACCCAAACAGAAGAUCGCUAAGCCUAUGAAGGUUAGCGCUCCUCGUGUUGGUGGCAAGCGCUAAAUUUGUCUGGUGUUUUUGUGUACUAAUAAAAUUAUCACCGUACCAUUA